ACUCACCGCAGAGGAGAAGCCGGGCGGCUGCCGGAGGAGCAGGGCCAGAAAGAGAAAAAUGCCUAAAAAGAAGACAGGCGCACGCAAGAAGGCUGAGAAUCGUCGAGAACGUGAAAAGCAGAUAAGAGCUUCAAGGGGCAACAUAGAUUUAGCUAAACAUCCUUGUAAUGCUUCAAUGGAAUGUGAUAAAUGCCAAAGACGACAGAAGAAUAGAGCCUUCUGCUACUUUUGUAGUUCUGUUCAAAAAUUGCCUAUUUGUGCACACUGUGGGAAAACAAAAUGUAUGAUGAAGUCUUCAGACUGUGUUAUAAAACAUGCUGGUGUGUACAGUACUGGCCUUGCAAUGGUGGGUGCAAUCUGUGAUUUCUGUGAAGCUUGGGUCUGCCAUGGUAGGAAGUGUCUCAGCACACAUGCUUGUAUCUGCCCUCUUGCAGAUGCAGAAUGCAUUGAGUGUGAAAGAAGUGUCUGGGAUCACGGAGGCAGAAUAUUCAGCUGCUCUUUUUGUCAUAAUUUCCUCUGCGAAGAUGAUCAGUUUGAGCAUCAAGCCAGCUGCCAAGUUUUGGAGGCAGAGACAUUUAAAUGUGUUUCCUGUAAUCGGCUUGGGCAGCAUUCAUGCCUGCGUUGUAAGGCUUGUUUCUGUGAUGAUCACACCCGAAGCAAGGUUUUUAAGCAAGAAAAGGGAAAAGAGCCUCCUUGCCCUAAAUGUGGGCAUGAAACUCAGGAGACAAAGGAUCUGAGCAUGUCAAUACGCUCUCUGAAGUUUGGCCGGCAGACAGGAGGGGAAGAGGCAGAUGGAGCUUCUGGCUAUGAUGCCUACUGGAAGAACCUCUCAUCGGGUAAGGAUGGAGAUGCAGGUGACCAUGACGACGAAUAUGAAGAGGAUGAAGCAGAGGAUGAUGAUGAGGAGGGAGGGAAGGAUUCUGAAACAGAGACCACAGAUUUAUUCAGUAACUUGAAUUUAGGAAGGACCUAUGCUAGUGGCUAUGCCCACUAUGAAGAAGCGGAAGACUAAGAUUACAUAGUGGGGAGCUCUAUAGCAUUUGGAAGGAAUAAGUAUAGGAGUGCUUUAUGCGUGCCACUAGAAUAGCUCUGCCAGGCACUUAAGCUUCAAAGCGUCUUAGGGAAAAAGGGCAUGGAACUUCUGUAGAAACUCAAGGUGAAAUUUGUGUGUGUAUGUGUGUGUAAGGUGAGGGCGUGGAGAGGAAAACAGAUAAAUGUUCAUAUUCAUGCAAGUAAGCAAAGUGGUUUUGAUCUCACGAUUACUGAGUGUAAUAGCUUAAUGUCUUCUCCCCCACCAAGUUGGGAGUGUAGGAGGGUAAAGGGAUUUGUUUCCAUCUGUUCAUCAGAAAUUAAGUUAUUUUUCUUGAGUAAUUUUGACUGUAAUUCUGUAAUCUGAUUUCUUAAAUUAUAUGUAGUGGUGUAAGUGGGUGGUUGUAUUCAUUUUUGGCUUACAAAAUAAAAGUCAGCA